AUGUACUCCUUUGUGUCCAUGCUUUCUUCAGCUAUAGCGAUCAACAGACUUCGACGAGCUUCUGGGGACUCCAAACAGAUCACGGUAAUUCUUGACACCUCUCUGAUCGCUUGCAACACGUUUUUGAAUGUAGCGUUGGUAAAAUUAGAAAUCUGACGUCGAUAUGUCAUUGUCAUGUUUGGGUUGUCAUUCAUAAGAGCUUCGAGAUCGUCCACAAUUAAAGAGCAACGAGGUAUAACAUCACUUCUUGCCGAAUAG